AAUACGCUUUUCUCUCUUCUCUCUCCUCUCUCUCCUCUCCCUCUUCAUUUUGAAGAUGAAGAAGACAAUGAAUAGUAUCUGAAAAAUAAGGCAGACCUAUCAAAGAAUGAGAAAACCCUUAAAUAUAUCGCGAUUCUCUAAGUUUCCCAGUUCUUGCUGGUAAUUAGUUUUCUUCUUCGCGUUGAGGAUUCACGUAAAUCAACAGCAAAUAUGUCUGGUUACGUGGGUGUUAUUGUUUCUGAUCCAUGGCUCCAAAGCCAGUUCACCCAAGUGGAGCUCCGUGGCCUCAAAUCUAAAUUUCUCUCCGCAAGGAAUCAAUCAGGUCAACUAACGGUUGAAGAUUUGCUGCCAGUCAUGGUUAAGUUAAAGGAUUUAGGUAAAAUUCUUACUGAGGUGGAGAUCAGGGCUAUAUUGGGAGAGUCCUAUUCUAACAUGAACGAUGAACUUGACUUCGAAUCCUUCCUUCGGGUAUACCUGAAUUUGCAAGCACGAGCUACUGCAAAACUGGGGGGUACGAGACAUUCAUCUUCAUUCCUCAAGGCCACAACAACCACCCUCCUCCACACUAUUAGCGAAUCAGAGAGGGCCUCGUAUGUUGCUCAUAUCAACAAUUACUUGGGAGAAGAUCCAUUCUUGAAGAAAUAUCUUCCAUUAGAUCCUGCUACAAAUGAUUUAUUUGAUCUUGCAAAAGAUGGAGUUCUUCUCUGUAAGCUUAUCAAUGUAGCUGUUCCCGGGACAAUAGAUGAACGAGCCAUUAAUACUAAACAGAUCCUUAACCCUUGGGAGAGGAAUGAGAACCAUACUCUUUGCCUCAACUCUGCAAAGGCUAUUGGAUGCACUGUAGUUAAUAUUGGUACACAAGACUUGGUAGAAGGAAGACACCAUCUGGUGGUUGGAUUGAUUUCUCAAAUAAUCAAGAUCCAACUGUUAGCCGAUCUUAACUUGAAGAAGACUCCUGAACUUGUUGAAUUGGUGGAUGACAGCAAGGAAGUGGAGGAGCUUAUUGGUUUAGCCCCAGAAAAGCUUUUGCUUAAAUGGAUGAAUUUUCAUCUGAAGAAAGCAGGCUAUGAGAAACCUGUUACAAAUUUUUCUUCUGAUCUGAAGGAUGGGGAGGCUUAUGCUUACCUGCUUAAUGCUCUUGCACCAGAACACUGUAACACCUCCACACUGGAUACUAAGGAUCCUAAUGAAAGAGCAAAAAUGAUCAUUGAACAUGCAGAGAAAUUGGAUUGCAAACAAUAUGUCACUCCAAAGGACAUUGUUGAGGGCUCAACAAAUCUAAAUCUUGCAUUUGUUGCACAGAUAUUCCAUCACAGAAAUGGCCUGUCUGCAGACAGCAGUAAGAUGUCCUUCGCUGAGAUGAUGACAGAUGAUGCACAAACUUCAAGGGAAGAGAGAUGCUUUCGACUAUGGAUUAACAGUCAUGGUAUUGGUACAUAUUGCAAUAAUCUGUUUGAGGAUGUCAGAAAUGGGUGGGUUCUUUUGGAAAUUCUUGACAAAAUUUCUCCAGGAUCAGUUCACUGGAAGCAAGCAUCAAAGCCUCCUAUUAAGAUGCCAUUUAGAAAAGUUGAGAAUUGCAACCAAAUUAUAAGGAUUGGGAAACAAUUAAAAUUCUCCCUUGUCAAUGUAGCUGGAAAUGAUUUUGUGCAAGGAAAUAAGAAGCUCAUAUUAGCUUUCCUGUGGCAGCUGAUGAGGUUUUCUAUGAUCCAACUACUGAAAAACUUGAGAUCUCACUCCCAAGGAAAGGAGAUAACAGACGCUGUCAUUCUAAAUUGGGCAAACAACAAAGUAAAGAGAGCAGGCAGGACUUCUCAAAUGGAAAGCUUUAAGGACAAGAACCUUUCGAAUGGGAUUUUCUUCCUUGAGCUUCUUAGUGCUGUGGAGCCAAGGGUUGUCAACUGGAACCUUAUUACAAAGGGUGAAAGUGAUGAGGACAAGAAGUUGAAUGCAACAUAUAUAAUUAGUGUUGCGCGAAAGCUUGGGUGUUCUCUUUUCUUGCUGCCUGAAGACAUCAUGGAGGUUAACCAGAAGAUGAUCCUCACCUUAACAGCAAGCAUCAUGUACUGGAGCCUGCAGCAACCAGGCAGUGAAUUAGAGUUAGAGUCGAUCCUGAAUGAAGAAAACAAAACUCCUGAUGCUUCUCCAGAACUGGAUGGGGAGGGUGAAAUUGCUCUGGCUGCUGAGGAGUCCAAUUUGACCAUUGAUGAUGCUGCUUCAGAUUCUGCUCUCUCCCCACAUGUAGGAAGUGGGGAACCUGCUUCACAGGAUGAAAAAGAGGAACCAACUCCUGGGGACAAAAAAGAGGAACGAACUCCUGGGGCUGAAAAAGAGGAACGAACUCCUGAUGGAGAAUGACCAAAACUUAGCCAAUUUUUUUUUUUCUGAAUCCUUGUCCUUCCAAGAAAACAGGAAAGGUUGCUCAUCGUUUAUGCUAUAGAGUUCUUAAAUGAGCUUGUAAACCACAGUAAAGGGACAGAAUAGAGAAAAGGCCUUGUAAAUUUUUGUUAUGUAGAGUUUGGAUUUGAUUGAUAUAUUCUUUUGAUGAUACUUACAUUGAUCACAAUGAAUAACAAAGGUGAGGAGUCCGUUU